AAGCCGAAUGUGCACUCUGUAUUUGUUUGUUUGCCUUUCCAUCGCGAGAUUUCCCCAUUUCUGUUUUCGACUUGCCGCGUAACGGUUGUCAUUGCUCCCGAGUGCACACAGCGAGGCUCGCACGCAACAACAGCAGCAGCAGCCCGCACCCUCUCUUCACCUCUUUCUAGAAGAGUCAAGUCUAGGCUACGCUUAAUUUACAAGAGAGUGUUCCGAAGAACGGGCAGAAGUUUUUCCCUUUUUAGUUUGUUUGAUUUGAUCGUUUUGUUUAACUGUGUUUCUUCCCUCGUUCGUAUUGUGUUUCGCGGCUGUUGUAUUUUACUGCAAUUAGUUACUGUUACUCUACACCACACCCAUCGCGCCCAGAAACUAACUGUAUUCGAGUGUGUCUGUUAUCACCGAAAAAAGACAUACUCUUCACGUACAUACACAUUUAACUCGUAACGAAAUCGACGUGUGUGUGUGUCGCUUUAUCGGAGAAGCCAAAGGCAAGCAAGCGAGACAAAGCAAAAGAGACUCGCGUCCGACAGACCCGAUAAAGCAGAAUCAACAAGCACCAAACUAACGGCGGUCACGUCACUCUCUUCAACUGCACUUCUCUGCACCAACAACAAUUAACCUGCAUUGAGAGCGCCAGAGAGCUGAUCACCACACUCGCUUCCCUGCACCGUGGUUCAAUUGCGCUCUGCUCUCCCUGUCCAUCCACGCUCUCUCUCAGCAAGGCAAGCAAAUGAAGCAAAUGAGCUGUUUUGCCGACGCUCUCUAUGGUUGCUGAUUAAAGCCUCGCCAAGGACUCCCAGCGCGAAUAAAGGAUAAGUGGAUGAGUGGGAAAGUGGGAAAACGAUUCCUCUUCAAAAGUCGACAAAUGAAAACCAACAAAAACAACAGUAAGAGCCAUCGCUUAUGCAACAACCUGUUGAGCCCAGAAGCCGCAAGUGUCGACCGGAGUAGCAAUCAAGACAGGAACAGGGGCAAUCAGAGCAUCUUGCGGAUACAAAGCAGCUACACUUACAAGUGUCUCAACCACAAUCCGCGACUAGAGGUACUGACCUGACUCCCAGCACCCAGCAGCCAGCAGCCAGCUCUCAGCAACGACUCCUCGUGACCCGCUAAGAGAGCCGCAUACUGACGAAAGACUUGAAGUUGAAGUUGCAGUUGCAGUUGGCAGUGGCUGUGGCAUCAGAGAGAGAGAGAGAGAGAGACCCUGAAACUGAAUCUGAAAACCAAAACAAAAACGUAAAAGCCAAAAUCUGGUUUGACUCGAUUCGACGAUACGCCACGAGCAAUCCGCAGACGAGCCUCCUUCCAGUGCUUCGGUUGCUGUGCUCCACUUUCAGUGGCUCUGGCUCUGGCUCCAUCUUUGGCUGGGUCUCUGACUCUGUUUACUGGCACUGGCCACUGGCCACUGGCCACUGGAUCUGCCCCGAUAAAGGCAAUAAACAAAAGACGAGAGAGCUGUAGCUGUGGCUGAACCGCAAACUGGUUCUGAUAUCUGUUUUAUUGUGUGAUCUGCAGGCUGCAGCUGAAGCCUGAAGUUGUUGUAGUUGUAGUUGUAGUUGGACUCAUGUCUUACGCUGUUGAUUAUUUCGCGGAUAUGGGACAGAUCUCACAAGAUUGUUCCUCAGCAGCCACAAGCACAGACUUUGACAUGGAUGAUCUCGACGAUUUGGAUCAAGUGACGCAGGUGAUCGGCUACCAUCCGCACUUUCACGAUCACUUUCUCCGCACCCAGAACUUCAUCAUGAAGGGCGACGGACCCCUGCCCAACGACUACAGAUACUAUCUGGCCAUAAUUGCUGCUGCCCGACACCAGUGUCCGUAUUUGGUGAAGCGCUACGAGAAGGAGUUCAUCAAUCAGGGCGGAAGCAGCGAGUGGCUGCGCGGACUGGACCACAUCCCCGACAAACUACGUGCCAUAUACGAUAUAAAUAAAAUAUUAGCCCAUCGUCCCUGGCUGUUGCGCAAGGAGCACAUUGAGCUUUUGACAAAGGGAAUAAAUAGCUGGUCCCUGUCGGAGGUCGUGCACGCGAUGGUCCUGCUAUCGCAUUUCCAUUCACUGUCUUCAUUUGUGUUCUCCUGCGGCCUCACACAAAAGCUAGAUGGCCUGUCUAGUCCCAAACUGAAGAGUGCUCCGGCCACGUUGGGGGCACCGGCAACAGCAACAGCAGCAGCAGCACCAUCACUACCACCACAACCACAACCGCAACCAUUGCUGUCCGUUGCCAAUGCGGCAACCAUCGUCCGACAGACCACCACCACCCCCGUCCACCAGAAAACAGUUUUGGGUGAGAUAUCACUCAACACCGGCGGCGCCGGCGGCACAAAGCCGGAUUACAAUACCCAAAACGCUGCGAGCAACAAUGGAAGCGGAGGUGCACCUGGAGAUGGUGCCGGUGGUGCAGCUGGCGGUGGUGGGGCUGGUGCAGCGGCCCUCAAUGGGUAUUUGGCAACGGCCCAGCAACUGCCCCAGCAGCACGGCAUCAGUGUGGAGGCCCUGAUGGAGCGAAUGAAGGUGCUCUCCCAGAACCAGGACGAGUGCAGCGAGGCGGAGCUGAGCAGCAGAUUCAAGAACGUGGAGAUGCAGACCGCCGAACUGGCGGCCGUGACGCCGGGCCCGGCGGUGGCCUUGCCCCCCAAUAUCUCUCACUAUGUGGACGAUGCGAAUUUCAUUUACCAGGACUUUGCCCGUCGCGGAGCGGAGAAUGUGAACACGUUUCGCAUACAGGACUACUCCUGGGAGGAUCACGGCUACUCACUGGUGGAUGGGUUGUACAACGACGUGGGCACUUAUUUGGAUGAGAAGUUCCGCUCGGCCUACAACCUCACGUACUGCACCAUGGGUGGGAUCAAGAAUGUGGACACCUCCAAGUUCCGACGGGCCAUCUGGAACUAUAUACAGUGCAUAUACGGCAUCCGUCACGACGACUACGACUAUGGGGAAGUGAAUCAGCUGCUUGUCCGACCGCUGAAAAUGUUCAUAAAGACAGCCUGUUGCUUUCCCGAGCGUAUUACCACCAAGGAUUAUGAUAGUGUGCUUGUCGAGCUGCAGGACAGUGAAAAGGUUCAUGUGAAUCUGAUGAUAAUGGAAGCCCGCAAUCAGGCCGAGUUACUCUAUGCUCUGCGCGAGAUAAUGCGCUAUAUGACUUGAUCUCAUUAAAAGAAUAACUCUAUAUAUAUGUAAUAUAC